AUGGCUGGAGAAUUCGGGAAGAUGAGUGAGUAUGAGUCACUGAGUCAGAAAUUCGGCAAGUCAGACAGUGAUUUAGUCGAUGAGUCACAAAGCCAAAAACACCGGCGGCACAACCCCAAGACACCGGCGGCACAAACCCAACAAAGCAACACCGCGGCACACCCAAGCAAAGCAAACACCGGCGGCACAACCCCAACAAAGCAAAACAAACCGGCGGCACAACCCCAAGCAAAAGCCAAACACCGCGGCACAACCCCAAGCAAAGCCAAACACCGGCGGGACCCCCCAAGCAAGCCAAACACGCGGCAAACCCCAAGCAAAGCCAAACACCGGCGGCAAAACCCCAAGCAAAGCCAAAACCGGCGCACCAACCCCAAGCAAAGCCAAAACACCGGCGCACAACCCCAAGCAAAGCCAAACACCGCGGCACAACCCAAGCAAACCAACACCGCGGCACAACCCCAAGCAAAAGCCAAACACCGUCGGCCACAACCCCCAAGCAAAGCCAAACACCGUCGGCACAACCCCAAGCAAAGCCAAACACCGGCGGCACAACCCCAAGCAAAGCCAAACACCGCCAAAAAGCCAAGGCGGCACAACCCACGCAAAGCCAAAACCGGCACAACCCCAAGCAAAGCCAAACAACCGGCGGACAACCCCAAGCAAAGCCAAAACACCGGCGGCCACAACCCCAAGCAAAGCCAAAUACGUACAACCCCAAGCAAAGCCAAACACCGGCACAUACCCCAAGCAAACCCAAAAGCGGCACUAACCCCAAGGGCAAACCAAACACCGGCAACAACCCCAAGCAAAGCAAAAAACACCGCGCACAACCCCAAGCAAACCCAACAACCCCAGCAAAGCACAAAACACCGCGGCACAACCCCAAGCAAAGCCAAACACCGGCGGCACAACCCAAGCAAAGCCAAACACCGUCGGCACAACCCCAAGCAAAGCCAAGCAACCACCGGCGGCACAACCCCAAGAAACAAAGCCAAACACCGGCGGCACAACCCAAGCAAAGCCAAACACCGGCGCACAACCCCAAGCAAACAAAAACACCGGCGGCACAACCCCCAAGCAAAACAAAAAAACACACCGCGGCACAACCCCAAGCAAAGCAAAAAACACCGGCGCACAACCCAAGCAAAACCAAAAACCGCGGCAACAAACCCCAAGCAAAGCCAAACAUACCGGCGGCACAACCCCAGCAAAGCAAACACAACCCCAAGCAAAAGCCAAACACCGGCGGCAACCCCAAGCCAAAGCCAAACACCGGGGUCGCACAACCCAAAGCAAAAGCCAAACACCGUGGCGGCACAACCCCAAGCAAACCAAACACCGCGGCACAACCCCAAAGCCAAGCCAAAACACCGGCGGCACAAACCCCAAGCAAAGCCAAACACCGGCGGCACAACCCCAAGCAAAGCCAACACCGUCGGCACAACCCCAAGCAAAGCCAAACACCGGCGCACAACCCCCAAGCAAAGCCAAACACCGUCGGCACAACCCCAGCCAGCCAACACCCGGCGGCACAACCCUGCCAAGCAAAGCCAGAACACCGCCGGCACAACCCCAAGCAAAGCCAAACACCGGCGGCACAACCCCAAGCAAAGCCAAACACCGGCGGCACAACCCCAAGCAAAGCCAAACACCGGCGGCACAACCCCAAGCAAAAGCCAAACACCGCGCAAACCCCAAGCAAAAAAGCCAAACACCGCGGCACAACCCCAAGCAAGCCAAAUUAACCGUGCGGCACAAACCCCAAGCAAAGCCAACACCGGUCAAGCACACACCCAAGCAAAGCCAAACACCGGCGACAACCCCAAGCAAAGCCAAACACCGGCGGCAAAGCAAAGCCAAACACCGUCGGCACAACCCCAAGCAAAGCCAACACACCGGCGGCACAACCCCAAGCAAAGCCAAACACGUCGGCACAAACCCCAAGCAAGCCAAACACCCGGCACAACCCAAGCAAAGCCAAACACCGGCGGCACAACCCCAAGCAAAGCCAAACACCGGCGGCACAACCCCAAGCAAAGCCUCAAAUACCGGCGCACAACCCCAAGCAAAGCCAAACACGGCGGCAAACCCCAAGCAAAAGCCAACACCGCGCACACCCCAAGCGCAAAGCGCAAACACCGGCGCGGCACAACCCCAGCAAACGGCCAAACCCGCGGGAUCCCAACCCAAGCCAAAGGCCAAAGCCACCGGCACACACCCAAAUACCGCCGGCAGCAAACCCCAAGCAAACGCCAAAUACCGGCGGCAACAACCCCAAGCAAAAGACCAGAACAACCCGGCCGGCACAAAUCCCCAAGCAAAGCCAUAACACCCGGCGGCCACAACCCAAGCACAAGCCACAACAACCGGGCUGGCACAACCCCAAGCAAACAAAUACCGUCGGCACAACCCCAAGCAAAGGCCAAACAACGCGCGGCACAACCCCAAGCAAAGCAAACACCGGCGGCACAACCCCACGCCAAAGCCAAACACCGUCGGCGCACACAACCCCAAGCACAGCCAAAGCACACCGCGGCACACCCAAGCAAAGCCAACACACACCGCGCACAACCCCAAACAAAGCCAAAUCACCGUCGGCACAACCCCAAGCAACACGCCAACACCGGCUCGGCCACAAACCCCAAGCAAGCCAAACAACCUCGCACACCCCAAGCAAAGGCCAACACACCGGCGCGGCACAACCCCAAGCAACAGUCCAAACACCGGCGGCACAACCCCAAGCAAAGCCAAAACACCGCCCGGUCGGCACAACCCAAGCGCAAGCCAAACACGUCGGCCAACAACCCCAAGCAAAGCCAAUAUCACCGGCGGCACAACCCAAGCAAAAGCCCAAACACCCGGCAGGCUACAACCCAACCAGCCAAUAGCCAAAACACACGCUGCACAACCACGCUAGCAGACAGCCAAACACCGGCGCCGCACAACGCCCACAGCAAACGCCAAGAACAUCCGCCGGCACAAACCCCCAAGAAAGCCAGAGAUACCGGCGGCAGCAACUCAAGCAAAGCCAAAUACCAGCCGGCGCACACCCCCAAGCCAAAGCACAGAACACGGCGGCACAACCCCAAAGCAAAGCCAAACACCGGCGGCCCACCCCUAAGCAAAGCCAACAACCGGCGGCCACAAACCCCAAGCCAAGCCAAACACCGCCUGGCACAACACCCAAACAAAGCCAAACACCGUAACGGACAACCCCAAGCAAAGGCCAAACACCCGCGGCACCAACCCAAGCAAAGCCAAAUACCGGCGGCACCCCAAGCAAAACAAAACACGCGGGCACAAACCCAGCACAAAGCCAACAACCCCGGUGACCUGGCACCAUACUCCCAAGCCAAAACUGCCAAACACCGGCGGAUCAAAUCGAACCCCAAGCAAUCGCCAAACAACCGUCGCACAACCCCAACGCAAAGCCAACACCGGCCGGCACAACCCCCAAGCAAAGCCAAACACCGUGCCGGCACAACCCCAACACAAAGCAAUUACGCCAAACCACCGGCGGCACAACCCCAAAGCAAAGCCAAUAAACACCGCGGCAACCCCAAGCAAACCAAACACCCGAUCGCACACCCAAGCCAAAGCCAAAACACCGCCGGCACAAUCCCCCAAGCCCAAAGCCUCAAACACCGGCGAGCACACCCAAAGCAAAGCCAAACACCCGGCGGCACAAACCCAACAAAAGCCAAACCACCUCGGGCACCAAACCCCAAGCAAAUAGACCAAACACCGGUCGGCACACCCCAGCCAAAAACGCCCAAACACCCGAGCCCCGCGUUGGCACAACCCCACAAAUCAACAAAACACCACCGGCGCACCAACCCCAAGCAAUACGCCAAACACCGUCCGGCACAAACCCCAAGGCAAAAGCAUCAAACCACCGUCCGGCCACAACCCCAACGCAAAGCCAAACACCGGCGGCACCAGACCGCUGUGGGCAACCCAAGUCCAAAGCCAAAAACCGGCGGCACAUCCAAAGCAAAGCCAAUUAACACGUCAAUCAGCAUCCAACCGCAGCAAAGACACAACACCGUGCCGCGGCCACCACAACCCAAGUGCAAAAGACCCAGGCACAACCCCAAAACCGGAAAGACUCAAUCACCCGAGCCCGGACCAGAAAACUCCCACAGCAAAGGCCAAACACCGGCGGCAACAACGCCCAAAGCAAAGCCAAACACCGGCGGCACAACCCCAAGCAAGCACAAACAACAAAGCAAAGCCAAACACCCGCGGCACAACCCCAAGCAAAACACGCCGUGGCCACAGCAGUACCCCCAAGACACAGCCGCGGUAACGGUGGUCAUCCUGCCGGCACCGUAA